ACUGGUGCAGCUGCAGCGCUAGGACAGGGACAGGGUGGGGCGAGUGGAGAGCAAUGUGCAGUCUAACUGGAUCCAGUGUAGGUAACAAGCCCUGGGCAUCAUCAGCAUUAAGUGCUAAGGAUUUGCCUCUCAUUCUCGUGUCUCUCAUCAGCUCGGGACUCGUGAUUGAGGGAGAGAUGCGCUAAUGAAUCCUCCUCAUCAGUGACACAACUACAUAUCACUGGGCCCAGCAGCAAAUUAUUUUUCAGGCCUCCAAAAUGUCUAGACGUUACCUGUUUUACCUACACGUAUUGAAAUUGUAUACAAAUUAGGGCCUCAUGUACCCCCCCCCCUCUCCGCAGCCGCAGGGUCUGCUUCCUCUCUAGUUACGCCCCUGGUACUUGUCGUCAUCACUGAGCAGCAGGGGCAUCGCCUGUGUGUAAAGAUGGACUGACCCCGUGGGACACUAAGGGCGGUUUCCUCUGCUCAUCACUGGGGGCUGGGAGUAGCCGUACAGUCGCCUGUAUCUCUUCCAGGGUGGGGACACUCGUACUAUAUCUCACUACCCUGUCUGUCUGCGCCUCAGGAUGGCACCUCCUGCCCGUGUCUGACUGAGCCCAUACUGAGCCCAUACGCCUCCUGCUGCUGGUGAAGAGCGCUGGAUAGUAUUGCCAUGGCUACUUCUAAUCUGGAGAACCAGCUGCAAAGUGCCCAGAAGAAUCUGCUCUUUCUGCAGCAGGAACACGCCAACACGCUGCGAGGCCUGCACUCAGAGAUCCGACGCCUACAGCAGCACUGCACAGAUCUGACAUAUGAAUUAAUUCUUAAAAGCCCUGAUGAGACAGGAACCAGUAUGUCCAGAAGCCACGAACUAAGGAGGAAAUGUGAGGAACUGGAAGUGCAACUAAAAGUCAAAGAAACUGAGAAUAACGAGUUGCUAAAAGACCUGGAACAGAAAAAUUCGAUGAUUAUGGUACUGGAAAACACAAUUAAGGAACGAGAGAAAAAGUAUUUAGAAGAACUGAAAGUGAAGAGCCACAAGCUCAACAUGCUUUCCAGUGAACUAGAGCAGAGGGCUGGCACCAUUGCAUAUCUCACCUCCCAACUCCAUGCGACCAAGAAAAAGCUGCUGAGUUCAACUAGUGGGACAACCGAUAUUGCACCGCCCGGUAGCCCAGUACUUUCCAGUUACAAGCCGUCCCCUCCCAAAGAAAAACUACCAGAAACUCCCAGGCGCAGAAUGAAAAAGAGCCUCUCUACUCCCCUCAAUGCGGACUUUGCAGAAGUCUACAGGCUCGGGGCAGACGGCAGAAAGAUAAUGUUGCGAGAGCCUGUGGAUGCCAUGCCCGACCCAACUCCAUUUUUAUUGGCCAGGCAAUCUGUAGAAACGCAGAUGAUCAAAGAGAGGCCACUAGUCAUCCCUCCCAUUCGCUCUGACUCCAGCAGUCCAGCCAAAGAGAAGAAGCAGAAGGCCCAUAUUGGAGUAGCCCAUCGCAUCCCCCAUGCAAGUUCUGUGCCGAGCCAAGUGGUUUCCCAGCCUGAGGUGGAAACAUUAGCAGUGGAUCAAGUUAAUGGAAGCAAAAUAGUAAGGAAGCACUCAGGAACUGACAGAACUAUUUAGAGCAACUAUUUAGUAACCAUAAAUUUGCUUUUUAUUUACUGUGUGGCCAGGCAGAAUAUAGGGAUGAUUUUUUUAUUAUUUCCUAUUGUACCCUGCAUGCCAAAUAUAAACCCAUUCUCUGAUGUCAAAAUGGAAGGGGCUGUCCUUAAACACCAACUACAAAUGAUUCCUCACUAACUAAGUGCUGCUGUUACAUGUCUAUUUAAUGCUUGCACCAGUAUGUGCAAUAUCUAGCUGUGCUGGAGCAAGCACACUAUACACACAACUACUUACUACUAGUCUGCUCUGAUAUUAUACCCACAAGACAAGCAUCACAAUAAGAGCUUCUUGCUACUUCCUACUCUGUAUUUCCCAUGCUGCAGUACAAUGCCUUUCUCUGGCAGCACUAACAAUACUAUUCAUGGAUGUGUCAUUUAGA